GACUUACUUAUAUUAUAUUGGUUGCUAGUUUCACUUUCUAGGAGACAGACGGAAUCAAUCUUAAGCUGUGUCCGGCUGAUUGCGGCAGUUAUUCCUGGCAAAAUCAUGGCUUUGUCUUCAUCAUCACAAUUUUCAGCCAUUGAUCAAGCAUGUGAAGCAGGAGAACAAUUCUACAAGGUUUUCUAUGAAAACUUUGACAAGAAGAGAACACUCCUGGGCAAGCUUUACUUGGACAGUGCCACCAUGGUAUGGAAUGGCAAUCCUGUAUCGGGGUCGGCUGAGAUCACCAAGUUCUUUGAUAAACUCCCAGUCUCGGAACACAGGGUGGAUACACUAGACUGUCAACCAAUACCAACUGAGGUUACGGAUAACCAGACGUCUGUUCUCGUCGUAACCAGCGGUAAGGUGAAAUUCGACGGAAAAGGGAACUUUCCUUUUGCUCAAAACUUUGUCCUCACGCAAACGCCAAAUAGAGUUUGGAAAGUAGCAAGCAGCUCCUUCAGAUAUGAAGAAUGAAGUUUGAAAGACAAAGACUUUGGGCAUUAACCUGUAAAGUUACACUUCAUCAGACUUGAAAAUACUUUAAUAACAUGGUCACUCAUGAUAGAGAGAUCCCCAUCAUGACCUAGCUUUCUGUUCAUCAGAUCAAGGAAUGAAGUGGGUAACAUCUGACUUUGCCAAGUACCUCUUGAAGAGAAGAAUUCAUCACUUGACGUCAAAGAUACCAUUUGGGAUGGAAUUCAUCGCUUUUUGCAGAAAGUUGAUGUUUGGUAUUGUGCUUUGGGUGUGUGAGAUCUGCACAGAUUGCUUAUAGCACCCAUACAGUAGAUGAAUGUACCUUGAAACCAGUGAUGACUGAAUUUGCUAAUGAAGUAUUUAUGAAUGAAGACAUAAUCUUCGUCAUUUUAACCUCUCUCAAGCUCUAAAGGGCCUAUCUCACUGAGCAGCGAAUGCUUGCGAACGUUGCGAAUUUGGAUUCGCCAACUUUUCUGACGAAUGUUGGGGAAAAUCAGCGACAUUAAGUGACGUUUAGCGACAAUUAGCAACAUUUUAGCGAAUGUCUCCGAAAGUGUUUGCGAAAGGCAGUUGGCGACUAUUAGCGACUGUAAACAAAUGCUAGCGACAACUUUUGCGAAGAUUAGCAAUUAUUUGCCAAUCCUUUGCCACUAUUUGUGAAAGUUUGAGACCUUUUGCUAACUACUGGUACUCAAUGGGUCGAUUUUAUAAAGGAACCAUAUGGUAACGUGGUCGCUAGCUUUGGCGAAACACAGAGAACUCACGAAAACAAAGAGCAAAACCGUUUAACAACCGUUUGCAAAGGCUUACGACUGUUUUGCAAACGCUAACGACUGUUUUGCAAACGCCUGCAACUGUUUGCGGA